AUGUUUGUGAUUCAGAUUGGGCAAGGAAGAAGAGAGAAACAUUUUGUGUGGAACGUAUUCCGUAGUCCGUACUCCAAAGACACAGGCAGAGUUUGCUGGUGCCUACCAAUACUUAAUACCUUGGUGUAG